AUGGCAGCCAGCAGGAGGCUGAUGAAGGAGCUUGAAGAAAUCCGCAAAUGUGGGAUGAAAAACUUCUGUAACAUUCAGGUUGAUGAAUCUAAUUUACUGACUUGGCAAGGGCUUAUUGUUCCUGACAACCCUCCGUAUGAUAAGGGGGCCUUCAAAAUCGAAAUCAGCUUUCCAGCGGAGUACCCAUUCAAACCACCGAUGAUCACAUUUAAAACAAAGAUCUAUCACCCCAACAUCGAUGAAAAGGGGCAGGUCUGCCUGCCAGUAAUUAGUGCUGAAAACUGGAAGCCAGCAACCAAAACCGACCAAGUAAUCCAGUCCCUCAUCGCGCUGGUGAACGACCCCCAGACCGAACACCCGCUUCGGGCUGACCUAGCUGAAGAAUACUCUAAGGACCGAAAAAAAUUCUGUAAGAACGCCGAAGAGUUUACAAAGAAAUACGGAGAAAAGCGACCUGUGGACUAAAAUCUGCUGUGACUGGUUGCAGGGAGUGUGAGCAGAGACCCUGAGCGGCGCAUCCAGACCCUCUGCGAAGCAGGCCUCUGCGGAACAUGGACACGGGC